CGUACUUCUUUGCCCCCAUUCAAGUUAGAACAAUGGCGUCAGCAGCAGCCGCCUUCCUCCUGAUCAUCGCUGGAGCCGCAUGGCCUUCGUUAAUCGACGCCGCUCCGUCUCCGUCGUCGUCGUCGUUCGUCCCGCCGCCGCCAUGCGCACCACCGCGAUCGGCGGUGGAGUUUCUCCGCGCGCGCUGUGCCAGCACGCUGUACGGCGUGGCCUGCUACGAGUCCCUCCUCCCGUACGCGUGCAUAUUCCGUACCAGCCACGUCAAGCUCGCCCGCGCCGCCGGCGACGUCAACGCCGCCUGGAUCAGCUCGAUCUCCAAGCGCGUCAAGGAGCUCGUCGCCCGCGGCGCUGCUGGUGGCACCGCCGUGGCCGAGUCGGCUGCGCUCCGCGACUGCGCCAGCACAGUGUCAUCGGCCGCCGGCUUGGCCAAGCAGGCGGCGGCCGAGCUGGCCAAGCUCGACGCCGCCGGAGGCGCCGUCGGGAGCAGCAAUGUCCGGUGGGCGAUUUCCAACGCCCAAACGUGGCUCAGCGCGUCCAUGACGAACGAGGCGACAUGCGCCGACGGGGUCGCGGCUACAGGCGCUGCAGCGUCGUCGCCGGUGGCCAGGGAGGUAGUGAUGGCAGUUGUGAGAGCCAGGGAGCUCACGAGCAUCGCUCUCGCACUCGUUUAUGGGAUACCAGUUCCUCCGUGAUCGCCAGAGAAUCCACAAACUGCUUGUAGUUCCGUUAAUGUUUCCUCUCUAGACGCUCGAAGAUAGAUUUCCAAUUAUAUUUGUGGAAUGUUUAUUACAUGCAAGGUUGCAAUAAAAUAGGAACACUUCGUAGCGAUGAGGCAAAGCCAUAUGAUUAAAUGUCACCGGGUCAGUCUAAACAUACUAGGACUAGCUAUUUUACACCCUAGGUGUAGAAGCUACACCGAACUGUUAUACUGAGCAAAAUUCAGUAUCGUUCAGUAUUUCUAUUUUAGUAUUGUUCAGUAUUUUGUGAUCUAGGGUGUUAGACAAGAUGAUACUGAACACUCUACGUACUGCUCUCUACAGUACUGCUCAGUAUUUUUUCUACCUAGGGUGUAGAAUAGCUUGUAUAUAUGCGUCAUCGGUUUACCACAGUCCACAUGUACAAACAUUCCAAGGAUAUUUUAUAUCUAGGGGA